CAGACCGACACAGGAUGCUGCUACUGCCGCUGCUGGACUCGGCAACAGUGACACUAACUUGAUAAUGAGUCAGAGUUGAAAGCUGUUUUCAUUUUAUUUACUUUUUAUUUUUUUAACGCGACGAAUUUUGUUCGCUUAUUUGCUUCUAAGCGCAUCGCCGUGUUCCUUCUGCUCCAGUUUGAAGGUGCUGCGUCAAUGAGGCUGAGCAGGAGGACAGUGCCUUUGUAUGGCCAGGCCAAGGUGUUUGCCCUGCUGGAGGGUUUGGAUCCCGUGCCACCAGAUUCAGAGGUCUACAUCGUUUUGGAAGGAUCCACAUUAGUCCAUGUCACAAGGGCUCACAAUGAUAUCAUGCUCUGCUUCAUAGUACCUGGACAUAACCUGGUGGAGAUGGUGUCUGUCCAGGCUUAUCUGUGCUCUGAAACCUCACAUCUCAACUGGGUGGGAGGAACUUCUCUGGAGUAUGUCCAAGAUGAUGCUCAGGACCUGGCGGAACACCUCGUCACCCACGGCCAUUGCCUAACCUCCACGGAUCACAAGGAGCUCAGAAGUCUUUUCUGUUACGGUCAGAAGAGCUCUCGCUCGGCUUUCGAUCAUCAUGUAGCUCUGGCCAUGGCCAACCUGGAUAUCCCCCGAAACUGGAAUGUUCUUGGGAGCUAUGGUAGAGCGGAGCACAGUCACAGGGAGUCCCUCCUCCACCUGGCCGUCAGGUGGGGUCUGUAUCGAGUUGCGGAGCUAUUGCUUUGCCAGCCAGGAGGAUUGAUGGCUGUUAGUCAGCGCAACGAAGAGGGUAUCUCACCGCUGCAGUUGGCACAGGCGGCAGGCAACAUUGAGAUGCUGGAGCUGCUCACACACCCACCCAACCCUCUGUCCACACCUCCAGCAGGUCUGACCCAGGUGUGGGCAGACCGGACCCGCUUGCUGAGGUUCUGCCACGACACAAAGAACAUGACCCUGAGCGUACGACAGAACCUGAGGUGGAGCUCAGAAGAAAGUCGGCACGCUGACAUCCUCCUUCUCAGAGAGCGUCUCAGGGACGAGGGCCUUCUCAAUGUGAUCAAAGCUCUGAAGAGGGAACGAUGGGAGACUGUUGUGGGAAAGGAAGAACCGGUGGACAAUCCUUCAGAGAACGCACUGUAUGCAGACAGGAACGGUGGAACCCAUGUUGCAGAAGAACAUGACGCAGAGGAACCGCUGAUGUUCGGUCUUAACGAGAAGACCGCAGAGGACGAUCAGUUACAGUCGGACUCUGAGAAGAACCAGUCCAGGAAGGAGAGCCAGGCCUCAUCCCCAACCUUGGCGGCUGCUGCCAGACUGUCAGCCAUGAUACACGGCAAAGACAGAGUAUACGCUAAUGCUAUGGUAGUGGACCAGGUGGAAGAUGCUGACAUCAGAUACCGCUCUCCAGGGGAGGAUGAGGUCAGUCCUGGGCCCCACGGUGACAGCCACUGCUGGGACUCUGUCUCCAGGACUCCCCCCGACUCAGGAAACUGUUCCCAGAACCAGCAACCAUCCUCACCCUGUAUUGAUGAAAGGGGAUUCCAAAGCAGCAGCCUGGAGGAUCACAGGGAGGCAUCCCCUCGUAUGUCUCCCACCUCCCCCUUUACUGCUUCCCCAUCUUUUCCCUCCUCCCCCCUGGCUUCCGCCCUACGUUUGUUUGAAGGAGUGCAACGGCGUCAGAGACAUCCCUUCCUGCCGACGUCUCCUACUCUAAAGCACCAAGGAUGCAGUUUGGCUGAGACCAGAUGUGGCCUGAGUCCAAGUGUGGAGUGUGACAGUGAGGAGGAGGACAUACUGGGACAUUCCUACCCCUGCUCGUCUCUGAAGCAGCAGGCCUUCCUGCGGUCCAGCUCAGGGGAGGAGAGAGACUCCUUUGACGCAUUGCCAGACUUGAACUGCCCACAGUCCAGCAGCACACAGACCUGCACCAAGAACCCAGAGGAGGCCGAGGUUCGUCUACGCUCCUACUCCUACUCCUCCCCCAAAGCCAAGCCGUCACGGCCGCUGCUAAACCGAGAGGCGACUAUCGUUGACCAAGCAGAAGAGCAGAGAGCGUUCACCCUGACAGAGACACCAAGGGAGAAAAGGGUUUUGGGUUUCCGUAAACGGGCCCAGUCAGCAGAGGAGGAAAGCAGCUCAUCGCUCCAACACCUCACCCUCUCAGAGUUCCUCAAAGAGAUCGAGGACGAAGAAUGGGAUAAAUACCUAAUCCCAUCCAAGGCCGAGUCGGAGAAGUACAAGGUCAGCCGCACCUUCAGCUUCCUGAAGAGCAGAAUGUCCAGCAACCGCAACAAGACCAAGGUGAAGUUCAAAGAGGUCAAGGAGGGAAAGGAGAAAUCGGGAACAUUUAGUGGACACCAGUUCACUCCCGUGUCUCCAUCUGGCGCUACGCUCUGUGUAGCCUGCGAUAAGUCUGUUUCUGGGAAGGAGCUGCUGCAGUGCUCCAACUGUUUUCUGCACGUGCAUAAAAGCUGCAGAGAAGCCGUUGCUGCCUGUGUAAAGAAGCCGCAGGAGAGGAAUGCGGUGCUGGUAAAAAGCAAGACCCUGUCCCUCCCACAGAACUCCGUCAAAGAGAACUCUGCAGCCUCCAUUUUUCUGUCCUCCUCGUCAUCCUUCUGCGCCUCCUCCUCCGCUUCACUGCCCACCAUGGCCAGAGAGAAGAGAGACACAGUCGCUCCCUUCACAAAAAGCCUCACCAUCUCUAUCGACAGCAGACGUCUGAGUGACUCGGUAGGUCUGGAGCUCGGAGAGUGCUCUGCACCUGCGUGUACCGACGGCUCACUGAGUGAUGAGGGAACGCCGGUCACCACAACUCCCCCCAGUGCUGAGCCACCGGUCACUCCUCAAGAUUCUGUUGAGACUCCUCUGCUGAGUGACCUGUCAGCUGAACUGAUGGGGCUGGAUGCAGAGUCAUGGAGUGUGGCGGUCAGUCCAGAGUUCUGUAAACAGUACGACAGACACACAGUGAAACGACAAGAUGUCAUCUAUGAGCUGAUGCAGACGGAGUUGCACCACAUCCAAACUCUGACCGUCAUGUCAGAGGUCUUCAGGAGAGGCAUGUUGGAGGAGCUGCAGUUGGAUAUGGACUCCGUAGACCGGAUCUUCCCCUGCCUCGACCCCCUGCUCAGGAUCCACUUUGGCGCGCUUCAGGCAUGCCGACAGGAUGCAGCCCAACCUGACAACCCCAGAGAUUAUCUAAUCCAUCAGAUUGGAGACACUCUCCUUCAACAGUUCUCCGAUGAAAAUGCUGAGAAGAUGAAGCAGGUUUACGGAGAGUUCUGCAGUCACCACACAGAAGCUGUCAACGUCUUCAAAGAGCUGCAGCAACAAAACAAGAAACUUCAAAACUUUGUCAGACAACAGAGCAACAACUCUUUGGUCCGUCGACGAGGUGUGCCGGAAUUUAUCCUACUGGUCACUCAGCGCAUUACCAAGUACCCAGUACUGCUGGAGAGGAUAUUACACUACACACAGGAGGGAAGUCAGGACCACGCUGACCUGUCAAAGGCCUUGGGUCAGAUCCGUGACAUCAUCUCUACGGUGGACCUGAGUGUGAGUAAAUAUGUGAAGUGUCAGGAGCUGCAGGAGGUGCUGGCCCGGCUGGAGAACAAGAGUUUUGCUAAGCUGAAGAAUGGCAAAGUGUUCCGGAAACAGGACCUGCACAGCCCGCAGAGGGUCAUGGAGCACAAAGGGCUCGUCUACUGGAAGACGGCCACAGGGCGUCUAAAAGACACUUUGGCCCUCCUGCUCACAGACGUACUGGUUUUCCUACAAGAGAAAGACCAGCGCUUCAUAUUUGCUGCAGUGGACCAAAAGCCUCCCGUCAUCCCUCUGCAGAAGCUCAUUGUCCGAGAAGUGGCCAACGAGGAGAGAGGGAUGUUCCUUAUUUCCGCCUCAUCAGUGGGACCAGAGAUGUAUGAAGUCCACACCAACACCAAAGAGGAGAGGAAUGCAUGGAUGAAACACAUUCGACAAGCAGUCGAGAGUUGUCCUGAGGAGGAGGAGGAGGAGGAUCGAGGUGUGGAGUCAGAGGAGGUCAGGAGAGCAGCAGAAGCGAGAGUGCAGAAGAUCACCAAAUUCCAAGAGACAUUGUUGGGUCAAGACCAGAGUAUCUGCACCAGCUUGGAGGAGAAGCUACGUUUAUAUGCAGAGCUGACAGAGCUAACCCUGCACUCCCCAGAUGCUGUGCCUCAUCGCCAUCUGCUGGUUAAUCCAGAUACUGACAGUGAGAUCCCUCGACAGGCGUCAUCUCUUCUCUCAGCUGCACUCAGAGAAGCGGAGAACCUGAUCUCUAUUCUUCAGGCUCGUGAAGAGAUCUCUGCACAGAGCCAGAACUCAACAGAAAGAAAGAACAGCGACACCAGUCACGGCAGCAACGUCCAGGAGUCUCCCUCAGAACCAGAUUAUCUGAGCACGGUCAGUAUGAGCUCUACUUCACUUGGAUCAGAGACAGAGUUGACAGCAUUGGACAAUGUUUUGUGGGGCUCUGGUCAGGAGCUGAGAAGAGGAGACACCAAAGGGACACUGAUGAAGGUGGCAGAAAGUGUCCAGAUCCUAACUCAGAUUCUCUAUAGUCUCCAAGCUGCAGUAACACUGCAGGACAGCUGGUAUGAAGUUCAUAAGCCCUCACUGCGAGCACUUGCAUCCCUUCAAAACAGUCCGGAGCAGGACAAGCAGAAGAGCAAUGACAAGAAGAAGGAGGAAGUAGAGAGAAAAAAUUCGGAGAGAAAAAAAGAGGAAGUGGACGAGGUGCAGAAACUUCAUCUGAAGCUGAAACUGGAACAGCAGCGCUGGGACAGAGAGUGUGUGGCCAGAGAGAAGCAUCAGAGUGAGCAGGAGAGUGUGCUGGAGCAUCGGGAACAACAGUGCCUCCUGGAGGCUGAGCGACUACGCUGUGAGCGUGAGGAGCUGGAGGCCCAGUUGCUGGAGUACAAACAAAACCUGGACAGACUGAAGGAGGGCCAGAGGAGUGUUGAGAGGGAGAAAGAGAAGAUCGAAGCCCAACAGAGGCUCCUCCAGACAUGGAGACACACCCGACAGAGCAGUUUGCCGGUGACUAUACCAAUGGAUGGAUACCAGGUGCCCAGCCACAGCCGCUCAGGCAGUCUGGAUGGCUGUUCCUCUGUGUACAACCACGAGGCAGCUUUGCUUGUAGCGCUGCAGCGUAACCACCCGCAGCAGCCGCUGAGCAACAACCAACACCGGAAUCAGCUCUCCACAUCAAUGACGAACCAGGAUGGCUCCAUGCACAGCUCCAGCUACACUGCUAACCUUGACCUCAGUGCAAGUCUUUACAACAGCCUCAACACCCUGCUGAGUCAGGCUCACAGCAAACAGGCUCCAGAUGGUCACAUGAACCCAAAACAUGGCAACAACCACAGCUGCCCUUGGCCUCUGAACGACUCUGUCAACACAUUCAACAGCAGAGUAACAGCACAGCCGCAGAGGACAAACGACACCGAUUUCAGCCCUCCUUUGGAAAAACUUUCCCUGAGUCCGUGGAAGUAUGACCCUCAGCUUGUCACAGGCCACGGAUUUUACGACAACUUCACUUCCACCUCACCCUCUCUUACCCCACUUCUCCUGCCCCAGGCUUACCUCUCCCUUGAAGGACCGAACGGGGAGGAGGGAGGAGAGGAGAAUGUUGUUUACCUUUGAAAAUACACAAGCUGCCUGACACACAGUCAUUGGAGUCUUAUGGUUAUAAAAAGUGAGGCCUCGGGUGUAGACAGAGGUAUGAAUGUAAAUCUAUGGGAAAAUGAGUGGUUAAUAACUUUUUUGUUAAUACAUCAUCUGACAGUUUUUUGAAUUAUGAUCCUCUUUGGAGGAAAAUACACAACAAAGCACGAUAGAUGGAAAGGAGUGGACAAUGUUUUUGAUUGACUGUCUGAGAAGAACUGGUGAUGCCAUUUUAUUGUUGAUCCUACAGGCUGUUUCCAAGUUUGAGUUAGAAGUGGCUCAAUUUCCCCAUUGAUUUCCACUCAUUGGAAGCCAGACAGAAGGUUCUGGUCUACAGCUUCAGAUGUGUUGAUUAUAUCUGAAUAGUUGCAUUUAUUUCUUGUACAUGGUCUAAGAAGUGGACCAAUAUUAAAACUGUUACUUGCUUACUGUGUUCCUGAAUGUGGGCUUUUCUGUAAUCACACUAGGGAACAGUUGUGGAGAACGUACAUGCAGACAUGUACGUUCUAUGUGCCUUUAUUAGCCCUUCAUUGUUUUUAUUCAUGUGCAAAACAAAUUGUGCCUUUGUGCUGAAAGCUCUUUGUAAAUCAGCAUUUGAUCUGUAUGUGCUGUGUUUCAUUUUGUGCUGGACUUGUUCCACGGCAUAAUGACGUUUUCUUUCUACAAACACUGGGACCUAAAGUGUUAGGAAAUCUGGAAAUAUAUUUUUCCCUGAGCACUUAUUAAAAAGAAAAAGAAAAUAUUUGAUGAGCAAAUUGAAAGUGAUGCUUACUUUUUUCUUCAUGUUGUCAUUAAUAAUAUUUAUGUGGGAUUUAAAACAUUUGGAAAAAUAUAUCUGACGUGUCUAAAGUGAUUGUAUAGAUGUUAAAUAUAUGUAUAGUUUUGUGAUAAGGCUACCGACGCACAUAAGGUUGUAAAAGGAAGCUUUCUUUUUUUCUUUUUUUACACAGAAGUGCCAAAACAUCCUGCUCUCUGAUGCUGUAAUUGAUUUGUGUAAAGUAUUUUUAUUCAUUUCUUUCUUUUGGGGGAUAAUUUAUUGAGUGUAAACUGCUUCAUGCACUGUCACUAUUAAUGUUCUUGUCAUUCUUGUCAAUAAAAUAUGAGCUCUCUUAAUCACAAUGGUGAUGCAAUAUUCAUAUUGUGCCCGUAUAUGAAA